UUAUUACUUUAUAUACUUUAAUAUUGGUAUGCGCGCAUACAUCUCAUUGAACAUCUCUUGCAGUGAUAUAUCAAUAUAGAAACAAGGCAGCUUAUUGGCAAGCCAAGGAGGGCUUUGACCAAGGAGGGGCAAAAAGGAGGCUAUUUUUUUUUCAGUGGGCAGCUCUCCGUCAGAUGAGCUCCAGCGUAGAAGCCCAGUACGGGUCAAUUUUGCUCUGAGCUUUUCGUGUAUACAACCUCAUCCAUUCUCCGAAUACAUCCUCGCUUGUCAAGGGGCUCAAGUCACAUAUGUGUAUGUGUGUUUAUUAACAAUACGCCAUUAUUUGUGUCAAUUGAUUCGAAUCUACUGGUGGGUGAUGUGCUGUAAGAACUUCGGAUUGCGGUGAAUUUGACAGUUUCGAACAACUUGUUAGAGAAUAUGCUAAGGAAUAGCCUAAGUGUUGAUUAGACGGCUUUAGGUCGCGCAGCAGACCCUGUACAGGUAUGCUGGGCGCAUUCGGAUUCUUCAGCGGAAUUUAACAGCUUGAAAAACGAGAGAAACACCGGUCAAUCUCUUGAUCACACCAAUAUCGGAAUUCGGGUUCUUAUGAUUAAAUAAAAAGGGACCACUGAAGCGGACCGACGUUAACUUCACGAUUCGGUCGGCAGUAUACGACGCUGCUGCAACUCCGCCGUUGGUGUUUACAAUGUCGGACAGCUCGACGUGUGGAUGUAGCGGUCUUGAGGUAGACCUUUCAGAUCAAGGUCUAAAACGCCUUGAGCGGCGAGAUGGCAUUGGGGUUGAGUCAUUGCGUCUUGAUAAUAAUCAACUUCAGAAGCUCGACAAUAUUGACUGUUACCUCGAUGUAUGGAAACUCAGCGUCACGAACAAUCAACUUACCAGGAUGUAUUACAUCUCGAAGCUGCAUAGACUGACCCAUAUUGAUUUGUCGAGAAAUCAAAUACUCAGUAUUGAAGGCUUGAAGGAUCUCCGUCAUUUACAGUGGCUUUCUCUCGCAAACAACAAACUUAAAUCGUUACAAAAUAUUCAGUCGAGUUCAUCAUUGGUUCACCUUGAUGUGUCCGAUAACCAGAUCGCCAACCUGAUUGAUCUCUCGUCGUUGAGCAAGCUGAAAACUUUACUGCUUAAUCGCAAUUCAGUAUCGAGCCUCGAACGGGCUUCGCUUUAUUUGCCUGCUGCUAUUUCGGUCCUUGGGAUUGCUGAAAACAAAAUUGCUGACCUUACAAUGGUGUCGUUUCUCGCGAAGCUUCCUUCACUUGAAGCACUGUCUCUGUUCGGUAACCCGUGUUGCCUUGAAAAGGAGCCCUUCGACUAUCGACCCUACGUGAUCAAUUGGUGUCUCGGACUUCGUGUACUUGAUGACUACGUUGUGACUCAACGCGAAAGUUUGAAAGCCGAGUGGCUGUACAGCCAAGGUAAAGGACGGUUUUACACUUCGGGUCAGCACCAGCCGCUGAUCGGCUACCUACAGCAAAUCUGCCCCAAACAGGAGGCCGACGAUGAACUGGAGGACCGGAUCUCGCGCGUGUUGGCAAUGCAACGACAGCACAAGGAACAGCUUCUACACGAAAUGUCGCCGCUAGCACCGAGGAGGCCUCGGAGCGCUGUUGGCCGUCUGAGCGGACAAGGAUCGCAAAGCAUGUUGGGGGGCCAGGCAGCUCGCACAGCCGGAGGGCGUCAGUGGGGUGAUAAGAUGAGUCAGAGUCUCCUCGAAGAAAACACUCAUUCGGAUUCCAGCGAGAAGCAGGAUAUCUGUACAGAAUUGAUGACUAGCAGCCAAAAAACAAGCGGCUCGGUAUCGACGCACCGAUCUCGUCGGGACAAUAUUAUGACCAGGUCUGUACCCGAUUUACCUCCGUCGCAUACUGGAUAUCGCAGUGCCGGAAUACCGACGCCCAGUUACGGCCAUGGGCAUCAUUCAUCUUCACACAAUAACAUCAACAACACCACGUCAAACAAUAAUAUUAGCCAUAAUAACGCCCUUAACAGCAGCGGGAGCAAUCCGGCGAUGACCACUUCCCAGGCGUCCUCCUCGAGGGCUCAAAGUAACGAUAACCGGUCGAACUCUGGCAGUGUACGGGUAUCUCGCUUAUCAUCAUAUUCAGUUCCUCGCAGCAGCUGCGCCAGUAAGGCUGCCAAAACGGCCACCGUUCAGCCUCAUCGCACUACAGCACUUUAUCGCCGCGAUAAGGACAAGGCCGAGAUUGAGAGACUGAAGGCGCGUCGCGAAUUUUUACAUAAAAAUGCUACAAAGAUUCAGGCAGCAUGGCGGGGUUUUAUCACGCGCAAGAGACAGGAGAAAGAAAUUCAACAGCUGAGAAUGCGUCGGAUCGAGGAGCAUUUGAUGCACUUUGUGCGCCGGAUGGAAACACUUGAAAACACCGUCCGAAGGCAAGAAUCCGAUCUCGCCGAAGAGAAAAAAGCGCGUCUAACCAAUCAGGAGAUGUUCAGUCGUAUGCUGAACUCUAUGGAUAAUAUUGAGCGUCACUUGACAGCCAUAUGCGUCGGCGAUGGAGAAGAGACCCUUCUCGAACUCCCCGGAGUACAGCAAGUUGCACCAACUGUUACGGGCGGCAAAAUGGUGGCCACGAAAACCCCUGAUCAGGAAGUCGAAACUACGCAGGAAGAGACUAUUGAAAGUCUCAGUACUCGCUUAAGCCGACUGGAAUCCAUGAUAAUGAACUUAAGCGCCAAGUUCUAAACCCCUCACAAUGAUUUUCAACGACAGAUUCACGCACACGCACGUUUUAUGCAUAGGAACAGCAUCCGCCGUGCUUACAUACCCUAUAGCCCGAAAAUGUUUGGCAAAGGUGGAUUUCGAUAGAAAUAUUGGGUCCGAUCAGAUGUGUUUUAUCGAAAACCGGUAAAAAAGCGUACGAUAGAUUGGAACUAUCUAGAGAUAUCACAAUAAAAUAAUACUUGUAGAUCAAUCAGUAGAAUGUGCUAAAAAAUAACCAGGUCCAUCGAUCUUCUGUCGUUUGUUCUUCCGAACGAAACGGAUAAUUAUUAUUAUUGUCUGUAAUGGCGACUACGAAGAGAAAUUAUAACGUCAGUAAGGUAAAAUGCAUCAAACCAUUUAAUCAUCGAAAUAAUUUGAAUAUGAUCGUUUAAUUGUGAAAAGGCAGAGUCUUCGAGUGCUCUGCGUUAUAUCAUAUAAUACAUGCUGUAUGUUGUCCUCGAUGGAUCUUUAAGAGAAAAGUUGAAAUGUUGUCUUGUCCAUAUGAUGAACAUUCUGUAUUAUUGUCUUCAAAUCUUCCAUUAGCAGUCCCGCCUGCUUUUGACGAUAAUUAUGUAGAACGCAUUGCUACCAUCAAAAGAAAACUGUUCUUAAAGUAAUAUCUUCGACGGAUUCAAGCUGUUACUCUAAUGGCUAAAACAUUGGGAUGGCCGUAAGGUACUAAAAUUCUUUGAUGAAAAGCGUUUAUCACGGUGCCACCUCAAAUGAAAUAUAAUACAUAUAUAUAACAGACUUACACUAUAAAACAACGGGAAGGAAGAGUGCACAGCGGAUAUCUGUAUAUAGGCGGGCAGCAUCAUAUGGUAUGAUGGCUUCAAAACCUAUUAUAGGAAUAUGAUGGACCAGGUAAGCGCAGUAAACAAUUACGUGACAGCAUGUGAGACGAACGUGUAUAUAAAGUCAAACAACUAGCUGGCCGCAGAAGACGAAGAAACGCAUAGAAUGAAGUAGUUUAGAGUACUUCAUUUUAAUUAUGUGUGAGGAGUUUUGAAUCGUUGACAUACCUUUUGUUGUUUUUCUUUUAUAUGGGUGGGAAACCAAAACGAAAGAUGCUUCUAUGGCCUAGACUAAAUAUCUACAGAAAGAGUUUCGUAUUCCGCAGUAGGUGCGAAUGCGCUAUAUGAAGGUGGUCGAAGUGCCCCACGUACCUAUAAGCAAACGAUCAGAAAAAAAAGGUUGAAGUAAUGAUUGCUGCCGUUGUAUUAUUUAUAUUACCUUACACAAAUAUGUAGCCUAUAUAUAGUAUUGUAAGGUUAAACGAAAGCGUCAUAUAUAACAGGUAUAGCAACUAUAGUGUGUUCGAGAUAUAUUGGGGCAGAACUUAUGUUGUUUGUUCAAGAGGUGCAUCCAAAUUGAAAGAAGUCUUUAAAUAAUAUUAGGGUUGAUCGGGGUGUCUUUCAUUGGAGCAUAUAUUCAAUUGCCAAUCGCUUCCACCAUGACUUCAAUCCGGGACCUAGAUAGAAAGUGACACAGCCUGGCAACAACGUAGACUGACAACGUAGGAACGAGCCGAGUAUAUAAGUUAAUUAACUUGGCAAGGAUUUGUUCAGCAGGAAAACAAUAGGCUGUGGCUGAUUUUUGCAUAUACUAUACCCUAUAACUUUCACUAUAAUUAAUUGGUUGUUUUAUAAAGAAGUCAUUUUUUUUUGUAUAAAGAGUAGCGAAUGACAAUACGCCUGCUACGAGUCCAGCUUUUAAAAUGUGUCCCAGUUUAUCCUAAACACCCUGUACAUAAUAUUUACAUAGACAUAUAUACAUAUGCAAAAUAGUAUAAACGUGCACUAUUUGGGCUCAACUCAAUAAACUCUGCAGCACGCAAAGUGUAAUGGCACCACUGUAAUGAUCACCAUAGAAUAGUUCAGAGAAAGAUAUAUUCGUAUAUUUGAGCGUGGCAUUCAUCUGGCAUUGCUUACGGUCACUACCCUAAUACCAAUGAAAAGACAAUUUGUCUGAAUAGAGAUUGUCUCAGCCGAAAAGACCACAGACUGAUACAAACCGCACUUUGGGCGUAUAUGCAAAUGCAGUUGAAAAAUAACAUGUACGCCUAGACACAAAGGCAAAGAACAACUGUCUGCUGGACAAUAAUACAUAAAGCAGGUAGAAAAAAAUUAGAUCUUAUUGCAUCAGUUAUGAACUAUAGGAAAUCCCGUUAGCGAAAAACAAAAGGAAGUGAUGUUUUUCGCAGCUGCACUUUACUUUUAUAGUUUGUCAACGGUAGUCGAAAUUACUAACUCACUAAUUUCAUUUCUAUUCUGGACCACCUAAAAUAUAAAACUUAAUGACAAAAAA